UCUGUGAAGCAAGUGCAAGAAAUCGAAUCGGUGUGGACUAAAAGUGAAAACUAAUUUUUAGUUUUACCUACAGCCACUGAAAGAAAUUUCUCAACAAGAUGGACCAGAAAGCGCCAAAGGCAGAAAAACCGAGUGAGACUACCCCUGGAUGCAGCACUGGGGAUGAAGGGGCCACAAAUGCCAUUAAACAGAGUCAGGGUGCCGGUAACAUGGCGCUCCUCGAUCAGGAGAGAGAAACUGGAGUCUUGGAUGUGCAGGAAUGCUACAAGGACGAAGACGUGGUGGCAUUCUCAGAAACAGAAACCACAGUGACCCAAAUUGCAGGCCAGAGCCAAGUGAGCGGUCAGGGCAACAAAGUUAUCAACAUCGGCCCCAAUUCCAACGUCAACAUCUUCCACGGAACAUCAGAUGAUACCAACACAGUUCCCAGCAUUGGCAGCCCCAGUGAAGAUUUCCCACUGGCUCCAUGUCAGGACGCGCUCAGGGCAUAUUUCAAGACAAGAAUGAGUUACCUUCACCCACUAGCGUGGAAUGAAACCUUCACCAUGAAAAUUCAGGACGUUUUUACGACUGUAGAUCUCGUGACUCGAACCCAGCAGGGAGGAAACAUUAAACGACGUGCCCUCCCCUCGACCGUCGAUGCCUUGAUAGCCAGGCCCGACUGUCCCCAGCCCCGGCGCAUUCUUGUCGAAGGUAAUGCAGGCAUAGGGAAGACAACAGAGGUUUCAAAGCUCGCUUUUGACUGGGCUGAGUCAGAGGGACGUUCUCCAAUUCUAGAAAAGUAUGAUCUUGUCUUCCCAAUCGCGCUGCGGAAGGUAGGUGAGUCCCAGUCCCUCACAGAGUGUAUCUUCGACCAACUCCUGCCAAAAGAUGUGCCGUUCCAAGAGUCAGACUUGGAAACGUACUUGAAGGGGAAUGACAGAGUCUUGAUCAUUCUGGACGGCUUCGAUGAGUGGGCCGAGUAUAAAGAACAUGGCAUCACCGAUCUCGUAACAGGUAAGAUUCUGCGUGAGUGCUCCCUACUGGUCACCACCAGACCUUCCCACACCCCACAGCUGCACAGUCUGAUGUGUCCGGAUACACGUGUGGAGGUCACAGGGUUCAGCCGGGGCAACAUCCGCACUUACAUCCACAAGUUCUUCAAGGGAGACCAGGACAAGGCAGCGGCCUUAGUAAAGAAGAUGGACUCCUUCCUUAUUCCUUCAGGCAUUCUAGCAACACCAAUCCUGCUUUUGUUGACAUGCAUAAUGUGGGAGGAGAAUCCUGAUAUGGUCCUAGGGGGUAGAAUCGGUCCUCUUUAUGACGAAUUGGUUUCCUUUAUCGUAAGGCGACAUUGUGCAAAGAACAAAAUUGCUUUUAAUCAAGGUAUUCCCGACAACAUCAAAGAUGCACUCUUGUGUGCUGGUGCUCUUGCUUUCAAUGGUUUGUUGCAGAAUAAUCUUGUAUACAACAAAGACGAUGUGGCCAAGUAUUGUUCUAGAGAGAGCUUACAGAAGCUUGUAUUGUUAGGGAUCCUUCAUAGACAAGAAAGCCCCUCUAGACUCAACCCUUCUGACCAGUUUUCCUUCUCCCACAAGACAAUGCAGGAAUAUUUUGCAGGGUUGUAUUUCGCCAAGAAGCUUCAGGACGAGCCAGCACUACAGUCAACUCUGAACAUGUACCUAAGAACGGCUCGAAGUGUGCGAGAGUUUGAAAACGUUGUUGUCUUUGCCUGUUCAAAGUUAGGGUGUGAGGCAGAUGUUCUAUUGGCUCAUCUUGUCAAUAUCUACCAAGAGGAGUUUAGGAGCCAAAUUGAGUUUGAUUUGUUACGUCACCAUGAAGCAUACCUUGAAAUUGCACUGUUCUGCUUCUACGAAAGUGGUUGCCUCUCACAGUUCGAGAACAUCUUCCUAACCAAAGGUGUUAUUCAGUUCUCAGGUGUGGGACCUCGUGUCUACAACGCCUUGGGUAAUGUUCUGAACAAAAUUCCGUCCGAGUCCCUUAGAAAUCUAGAAGCCCUCUGGUUGACCAAUACCUGGCAAUGUUUUGUUGUUCCUGUCAUUGACAGCCUGAAGAUGAUGAACUUGUCUGAGUUGAACCUUAGAAGUGCUUGUCUUGGAGGUCACGACUCCAACACAGGACCCUGUGCCCGCCUCUCACAACAGCUGCCUCACCUGACAGGUUUGAGGAAGCUUGGCCUGUCUUACAAUGGUCUUCUCUGCUCAGACUUACUUGUCUUACUGCCUUCCUUGAAGACGUUGGUGAAGCUUGAAGGGUUGUAUCUCUCUUGUAAUAAGUUAGCAGGUUGUGGAAAGAGUCUGGCCGAGCUGCUGUGUUCCUUGCGGAGCCUGGAGGAACUGUGGGUGUGUGACUGCAGACUUAGUCUGGAGGAGGUUCUUCAAAUAGCCACUGCAGUGGUGCAGCACCGUCCAAAGAUGAGAAAGUUUGGCUAUGGACGUUUGACAGGUCCAGGUGGCGAUAAGAAAGUUCAGGACGUGCUGAGGGGCAAGUGGCCUGAUGCUACAUAUAGAUGGGGAAUUGCGUAUCUUGGACAGCCAAAACUUCCCUCCUAG